UGUCAAGAAAAUGGAGUUUUGUUACGCAUAAUAAAUUAUGAUAAAUGUUUCAAUAUGAAAUCAAAAAACAUAAUUCUGAAAAACUGUCAGGGUUAGAAUGGAAAGUACAACUCCAUUUCAACCUUGGGCUACUGAUGAUAAUUCGAAAAAUGUUAAAACUGAAAGAGAAUUAGUGGAUGACGCGAAACUUCAUCGGGAAAAUGUCAAUCAUCCAAAACAUAGGCAAACUGCGUCUUACAAUAAAGAAAGUGUCGUCGCUCCUAGUGCCGUUCCUGGCCCAUCGAGUGCCACGGAUACCGGUAAUAGUCCAACCGGUGGUAUGGUCUCCAAGAUGGACUCAAGCAAAAUAGCUUCCAUGCAGCAAAUUGUCGAGAACACUCUCAGUCAAGAAGGCAGACAAAGAGUCUCACAGCUGCUAGAGGCAGUGGAGGCUCUGAGUGGAGCGGAGAGACUAUUGCUUUAUCUCCGGCUACCGACUGGCGUACCUCCACAUGACCCUCUUAAGCAGCCUAUAAACCCUUUGGGAUCCAGAGCUGAAUUGCAGCAAACUGUAACUUGGAUUCAGACCCACUUGGAAGUCGAUCCCGACGUCUCAUUGCCUAAGCAGGAUGUUUAUGAUGAAUAUAUAGCUCAUUGUAUGAGUAGCAAUAUGAAGCCUCUAUCGACUGCUGACUUUGGUAAAGUAAUGAAACAAGUUUACCCAACCGUUCGUCCACGUCGGCUAGGAACUCGUGGUAAUUCAAGAUACUGUUACGCUGGUCUUCGCAAAAAAGUUAAACUCGAAGUACCGCAGUUACCAGACUUGGAUGAAUCUUCUAAGGAGCCGAGUGGAAUUAUGAAAGAAAGUGAAAGAAUAGUUUGUGAUUGGGCUGAAAAUAAAUUCGGCAUGAAAUUUGUAAAUAUCUCUGAGCUGUCCAGACAUCUCGUGUCUAUGAGCGUCACACAGCGUGCUCCGCUCGGGCCGGCCAGCUCAUCACCGCCGCCUUUAGUUGCCGCUCACGGUGGCUCGGAAGAAGUAUCCGGUCCGCAGUUAAUGAAACAACAGUUAAAACGAAAGUUACAAACGCAGGGAACCCCCGGACGACCAAAGAAAAACAAGGGGCAAGAAGCCUCCGGCGAGUCGCCCCCGUCUACCUCGUACGUGAGUCAGCACCAACCGGUGAAACACGAGAGUGAGAUGCUAACCGAGCCGUCCUACGGCUACCAGCCGGCGUACGUGCCCGUGUACGACGUGCGGCCCAGCUUCCCGUACAGCGCGCCCCCCCGCGCGCACCCGCCGCACCCCCCGCACGCGCCGCCCGCGCCGCACCCCGCCAUUUCCGUGCACGAGUACCGCCCCGACCCCUACGUGUUCGAGCCGCCCUACGCGCACCGCGACCUGGCCGUGCCUCCCGACACCGCCCACAACCUCCCGAUCAACCUGAGCAGCGACGCGUCCCUGGACCUGUCGACUGAGCGCACCGAGUGGCAGAGGCGCCGGCCGCCGGACCCGCCGACGGCUCGCCUUCCACUUCCCGGUAAGAAGUUGAUCUUGGAGACGUAUCAGAGCGAAACGCAGGCUAGCUCGCCGCGAUCCUCGCAGACCGACACGCGUUCAGUGAACCAACCCUCUGAAGAAUUUCCGCGAACUGAAUAUUUGCCGAAGAAAAUGAGGGCGGCCGAAAUACUAGGCGGAAAGUUAGCUGCAUCGCGUCAAUCGCUCGUCGGCACCGAUCCGGCGACUUCGUCUACCUCCGUCGCCGUGGAGCCGGUACGUUCUGAAGUUGCUUUUUUAGAGGAUCCAAAAAACUUAACGAGCCGGUCCAAAAGCACCGCCGCGGCGCUGGCCCGGGAGGAACAGGAGGCGGCGAGUCCGACACAGUCGGUGAAGGCUCCGACGCCUAAGUGUGAUCGCAAUAAAUUACGAAAAUUUUGCGGUCGUACGAAAGGACUAUCUCCAGAUAGAGCGGAACAACACGAACGCUCCGCGACGCCUGAUUCCUGUUGUGGUCUAGAUGGAAUAAAUAUAAAAACAGGAAUGAUUUGUGAGGAGAAACACUCAGAGAUUUUAAAUCGGGAACGUGUAAUCAGUAUUUGUAAUAUUGAUAAACAUGAUCUAGAUGACUAUCUUAAUGAAGGGAACAGUCAGGAGCACGAGGAAGAGCUAUUGCAAUAUUUUCACCACCGAGACUCUGAAUAUGACGCGACAGCAGAUUCGAACACCGCUGAAAAUCCAGUUACUUUUUUAGAAACAGGUCAGGACCCACACGACGAGCACAGCCAAGGAAAGAAUGAAAAGAUAUCACAGUUGCGUGAACUACUAGCGAAGAAUUUAAAAAAUCACACACAAGGUGGGUCCACUUCUCAGAACGUUACAAACAACCAGAUAUCCCAGGAGCAUCCCACAGAUAACAAACACGAGCCCCAUGUUACAAAAGCUACUAUUUCAGAAGGAGCAUUUAAACCAGUCGGCAAUAUUAUCGAAAUAGUAAAUGGCACCAGUUUGUCGAAUGAUAAUGACACUGUUGUAAAUAAAAAUUGUGAUACGAUUUCGAAUGAAAAUGGAAUUUCCGUGAAUUGUCCCACAGACAAUAAUCAAAGUCAGCUUAUAAAUUCUACUGGUUCUCAUCUUUACAAUGGCAAUUGCCACAACGAACCUCAAAGUCCAACCACAAGGACUCAGCAAUACGAUUUCGUACCUAUUUCCGACGGAUGUCAUUCACCCGGGAAUUUUAAUUCGAAAUCACCGCUUAGUUUUGGGCACAGGGGGCACCAUCCAUCUAAAACUAAUAAAACAUUAAUAAUGGGUGGAUCUUUGCAAACGUCGCCCAUCUCCCAUAGUACGGCAGCUAGUCCGUUUGUCAGCCCUCGGAAUACACCAGUGCCAAGGUCACGUUACUGCUCUCGGCCGAUACCGAAACAUAACGGAAGAAAAAGACGUAUACCCUUAUCGCUGGGUGUAAAUGACCUUUGUUCUAUGCCAUUUGCAAUACCAAAUGAUCAAAAAUUUAUGCUUUCGAAAACAACCAUAAGUGGGCCCAACAUUAAAUAUUGCCAACCAAUGUCGGCGCCACCUUCACCGAAUAUUCUUUCUAAUUACAAACAGCAGUUGCUACAAAACUCAACGGUACCAAACGGUACUAGCAACGUGUGCCUGAACUUUGUACCGAACGCAUUUCGUGAUAACACGAAUGGCGAGCUGUCUCAACCUCUAUCAGCAGAUCCGUUGUCGAGCGAGGUCAGCAGAUUUUUUCAAGAACCCGUGGCUAAUUUUAGAUUAAGCCACGAUCCUUCGUUUAGAUCGCAAUCAGUUCCACUUAAACAAGCUCCAAUGAAUAUAGGCUUACUGAGCUACAACAACACACCAGUCGGCUCCGUGCCUCCGACGCCUGUGCCGAAUGAGUUUUGUGAUUUCGGUUCCCUCGCAGACACGUGCGAUAUUUCAAAGGCCGGCCUUAACCCUGAAACUUUAGAUAAGAUAUACGAUGCGAUCGAUAGUAGUAACGAUGUACUUAACGCCGGACCAGCGGCUAACAUUUUGAAUACUAAUGAUACUCUGACAAAUGGUUGUGACUCCUUGCCCGAUCAGCAGAUCCUAACCGAAGAGCAGUUAAAUUCCUUUAUACCAAGUGGUGGUGCGCUACUCGAUAGAAGUGCACAGUUUAGCGAGUCUUUUCCCAAUGAUGCGUGCACAAACGUUGAAGAGUUUCUGAAACGAACAAACCGAAUAGAAUUUGAUUUAACCGAAAUGAUAACUGAAAAAAGUAAAUAUUACACAUCGCGAUCAGUACCCAGCACACCGUUGCCGUAUAAACGCACGACCCCAAAUUUGCAAAUUGAUUCUCGACGUUCGCGGGAGUUAUUUGCCGCUGAGAAUUAUUCUAAUGUUUCCAAUGGUAUAUCUUCGAAGUCUGUACCGUCAACUCCGCAAUUACCUGAGGAUAGGAACGUUUUUAGCUAUAGUAAUAGAGAUUUCCUAAUCAAUGGAAACUCCGUUGACAUAUGUACUUCGAAUCAAAUACGAUCCGUUGUAGAGACUGACCAAGAAUUAGCUUCCCCGUUGGAUAUUUUACGCGAAGACAUUUUGGAUCCUCUUCCACCGGCUGCCGAUUUAUUAGCAGACCUCGACAAAAUAGAUGGUACCCCUUAUGUUGACCUCUAGUAGGCAAAAUAAUUAUCACCAAUUAGAAAUAAGAUUAGAUUGAAUGUUUUGUACAGUUAGAUAUCGAGUAUUGGAUAUCUUUAUAGAGUACAAUGUCUUAUAUGCCUUCAGUGAAGGUGAAAUUAUUUCAACAUGUAGUUUAAAAUACGAAUCGCACACUCCCAAAAAUAUGAGUCAAUACAAUACACCACAAUAAUGUGAUAAGAAUAUUAUAUCUCCAUGAUAGAAUAAGGAUUACUAACAAUAGGCAUGAUGACAGUAUUAAAGAAUUAAAAAAUAAAUUAUUUUAGAGAAGAAACUAUUUUAAAACGGAUUCUAAAAAAUGAUCCAAUUUUAAUAUACACAUUGGGAUCAAUAAGAUUUUUAGUAAAAUAAAAAUAUAAAAUUCUGCAAUCGGCCAUUUUAUUUGAAACAACAAUCAGAGCGAAUGACGUCACGCCUCAGUAUCUAUAACCGUUUCUCUUGAACAGUUGUUGUCUUUACGUGUUUCAAAAUUAAUUUUGUAUCAUUUAAUUAGUUGAGUCGUUGGUUAUUCGCGUUUUUGUGAAGAAAAUAAAACAUCCAACAUCUAUCAAUGAUGGAACAAGGUUUUGUUAAGGCAAAUUCCUCUAAUUUGUCCAGGAUUUGUUGAUGUUAGGAGAGUUUUUUUCAUCAAAUAAAGACUUUUGCUUAUCUGAAUUUCGAAAUGUCAAAACUUCCUUGUAAGUACAUUUUUAUUUUUCUUUAGUGUUAUCAUAGGUUUUUUUUUGUUAGCUAUAUAGUGUUACUCGCAUAUGAAAAGCAACAAUAUUUUUACCAGUAAGAACUUUUAAGACAAUAUUUCAUUUAGCUCCACUAGUACUGAAUUUGUGAAUUUAAAUAUUUACGAAUAAUUUUAUAAAUCUAAAUACAUCAUAAAUAUAUAAUAAAUCUUUAUUACUCUCUGCCUCAAUUUGCAAUUUCUUCAAAAUGUUCUGUAACCACACUUUCUUCUAAUUGCUUUUCACAUUUUUCAAGAACCAUCAUCUUUCGUUUCUUACUUAUAUAUAUGGUCGUUCUGAUUCUGUAGAUUGUUCUUCGAUCUGGUUGUCAUUCGAAUGUAUUUUUACACAGAGAGACCGCACACCACUUGUAAACUUUGGAAUUCAUUUUUAACCUUAGGAAAUACGCAAUACUUUCUGCCUUUUUUCGUUGAGUAUAGACACAAUACAACGUUUACUGAGGCGUGACGUCACGUGCAGGCGCCAUCACACCAGCAGGUGUUUUCGAGCGAAAUUCAAAAUAGGUAAAUGAAAAUAAAAUUAUUUGUUUUUGUUGAAAUAAAAUUAUUUUCAGUAAUAGUAGACGUGUGCCUACAUUAUAGAAGGUUAUUUCAAAAUCAGUCAUCAUGCCUAUUAUGAGAUUCAGUUUAAAUAUUUAUAAUUUAUAUUGAUCUGGUUUUAAAUAUGUCCCUUGAAAUUCAUAAAUAUAAUAAAGGCCUAUACGUUUGAUGAAUGACGUUAAUAUUAGUCAUUGAAUAAUGUAGCCAUUGAUUGCUAUUUCAUAUUUGAAUCAGCAUUAUCGUGAUAUUUAUUUUAUUUAACGGGGCCAAAUUUAGUGUCUGAAUUUGAAAAUAUGGUAGUAUUAAAGUCUUGUUUGAUCAAGACGCACGCGCACGCGCUUAGACGCGCUUACAUAUUUUAUGGAACGCUAAAGUGAUGAUCCAAGAGGGUAAUAAUAGUCCACGAAAUAAAAAUUGGCAAUUAUUAAAAAAAAUAUUAUAAAUACAAUCGUAACUUAUUAAAUUACUCUUAAAAUAUGUUAUUAUCAAUAUCAUUAAUAAAAUGUGUAAUCUCAGCGGGCAAUUUCUCCUAUGUAAUUAAUAUUAUAACAAUUACAGUGUUUGCGCACUAACGUCGUUACACCGCGGACGUCUUUAAUACUACUGUACGCGUGCUUCAUGACAAUAUGUAAGCUCAUUGUAAAUUAAAAGCGAACAUCGAAUUUUAUUAUAUAUAAUUAUAUAAUAUAUAUAUAUAUUUUUAACAAUCAACAUCUAAAUAAAAUAAAUAAUGUGCUAGCUAUUCAAUUCCUUCUAAAUAAUUAAUGUAGUUACGUAGAUUUAAACAGACCAAACAGCGCGCCAAGCGUGCAAAGUGAACUAUGAUUAAUUGGAUUUCUUAAGAAGAACUUAUAUGAAUAGUAGGUAUAUAGUUUAUAAAUAUGAAUUUAUUGUAAAACAGCACAAAGAUUUUAAUAUAUUUUAAUAUCGCAUAGGAGUUUUUCUCUUAUAUACUAAAUUUACAAAAUCGCAUCUAAUGCGAUGAUGAAUUUUAAACAUGCCCUUUAUGGCUGCAGUGAGCUUAUAUGGGAAACCAAAUUGAAAAUGAAUAUUGUUAUAAACAUCAAAGAGGUUAGUCAAAUAAUUAACAACCAUUUAUGGAAGCGAGUUAUAAUAUAUUAAUGUUUAACAAUGCUAGUUUACCUCAAAUACCACUGUUGGGUGUUGGCUGACCUCAGUUGUUUUUGGUCAAGAUAGACCUUAAAGUAUCGGAAUGUUUAUUUCAAUCUAAUUGUUAAAUAUUUUGUUAAAGCUUCUUAUAAUUAUAAACAUUAUCACCUUCAUAUAUUGUACAUUAUUAUUAUUAUAUUUAAUUAAAUGUAAUAAUAAUGUACAGCAUUCGAAUAAAGUAGAAGUUUAUAUUUAUUUACUGGUGAUGUGCCUAAAUUAAAUAUUAUAUUAUAUUAAAAAUAAUAUACAACAGGCUUAGUAGUGGGAUUGUUAAACGCUAGUACAAAUGACACGAUGAUUUGACAGGGAUAUACAAUUAUGUAAGUGAAACCGAAGACUGUUAAAAGUUUAUAAAUAAAUUUGAAAGUGAGUUAUAUUUAUUUUCAUUGUGAAUUGUCUCGAAUAAUAAGACAAUGAAAUAAGUGAACAACAGUAUAUUCCAAUUUGGUACAUAAUACCAAAAUAGUCUUGUACCUUAUUAUGCUAAAUGUACACUGUCAAGAUUAAUGUGUUAGUAACAAGUAAGACUCGUCGAGAUCUCGUUGAGGACAUCGAAAGUUAAAUCGUUUCGAAUUAAAAAAAAAAAAAAUUUAACGAUGAUAAUUUACACAUAUGUCUUUGAUAACAUCUCUACAGAUUUUUGUAUAUAGAUUAAUGUUAUUUUAUAUAACGUGUUUAGUUAUUUAAGAUAUAUCUUGACUGUAACAUCCAUCAUACGUCUAAUUAUGUCUCUAUAGUGUAUUAAGUACUUAGCUAAAAAUUUCUUUGUCUAUGCUUCGGUAGGUCGUGUAACAAAUGAAUCACAGUUUCGAGUGAAUACACCAAGGCAGUAUUUCCUACACUUCAUGUAGUAUGUGUAAUGCAUUGAUAGGGGCGUUUAUUGGCCUUUUUUAAUGACUAUCAGUGUAUUAAAUAAUAUUUCUUCAAUCAGAAUUUCAAAAAUAAUUAUAAAAUAUUUUUUACUUGCCCAAUUACUUAUUGUUUUGUCUACAAAAUAUAUGUAUGAACGAAUGUACUUUAAUCGAUUUUUCUUAAAGAUUAAUGUGUACAUAUGUGCAAAUAAGUAUAUUAAAUAAUACUUAAAUUUUAGAGAUUUUACUGGAGACCGUCAACAAAAUAUUUAAUCUGUAAUCUGUAUAAAUAUAUUCUUAAUUUAAAUCAAUAAUUCCUUAGUUUAGAUCGCGUCAUUUACAAAUGGAUAAAUGUAAAAUCAUCAUUGUAGUGAGACACCUUUAUAUCAUAUGCUGGAAAUUUGUUACAGUCAUGUUAAUUAUAUAAUUACUGUUAUGUAAAUAUUAACGUUAACUUUUGUAGACGUAUAAGAACAUGACAUUGUUUAUUUUUAUUACAAUUAUGUUGUUCCGUUAAUAUUAUUGUUUUUAUUUCUUAAUAUUUUUAUAAAUGUACGAUAUUAGAUAAGGAUUUAAAUAUAUAUUUUAAGUAACAGUAUCCAUGUUGUUGAUUAGUCUUAUGGAUGUUGAUUUACACCACUUGCUAAGCAGUGAUAAUAAAUGGUACGA